UGGAGGACGAGGUGGAUGUUGACAUCGAAGGAGACGAUUUUGACAGCAAUAUUCGUCCUACAGCUGCUGGAUAAAGACUGGUGUCACAUGAACGUUGUGUCUCCUCUGCUGUUUGACAUGGUGAAUCAGUGACAGUUUUUCGUGUGGUUGUUGCAGUGAGAUGGAUGGAGGAGGUUUAGUUCCGGAGCAGAUCAUCCAGGCUGCGGGGAGGAGCAGCUCCUGGAUGCUGCCCUGGGAGCUGGACAGCUCCAUCAGCCCGGAGAACAGAGAGGUGAUAGAGAGAAUGCUGCUGGAGGAACAAUAUUACCUAACAGGGAAGGAGAUUCCAGACCAAAUUUGGCAGAGUGAUGCCAACAAAAAACCCCAAGUAAAAAAGUCUCCAGCCAAGAAUCCAGCUUCAGCCUCUGGUUCAUCUUCUCGCUGGUCCAAACAGGAGAAGGACCUGUUUGAGGAAGGACUGGCUCAGUUUGGUCGAAGGUGGACUAAGAUCGCCAAGCUGGUGGGCAGUCGAACUGUUCUUCAGGUCAAGAGUUAUGCCAGACAGUAUUUUAAACACAAGGCUAAAUCAGAACCCAGAGCUGCAGCUCCCUCUGCAGGUCCAGUGCUGCACUUACAACCUCCUCAGCCCACAUCCAGUCAUGCCUCCACUCUGGCCAACGCAGUCCGCAUUGAGAAGCUUUCUGACGAUGAGGAUGAGGACGUGGACAUCACUGAUGACCUGAGUGACGACAAAGGCGCAGAUGAUAAACCACAGGUCGGACUCAAAACUGAGUUCUGUGGACCAGAAGAGCAAACGGAGGCUGAGAUUCAAACAGCCAGAGCUACAAAAGAAGAGAAUGAGGAGAGUUCGAGUGACGUAGUGAGCAUCCAUGAGACAAAGAACCAACCCAGACCGAGCUCUCUUUCUCCUCAAAGUUCUCAACCCUCAUCUUCGAUUCUUCGCUCAGAGGAACAUGGUGUAACGGGGGUGGACGAGAAAGCCAACAAGACCGUUUCUGUGUUUCCUGAAAGCCCUCAGACACAAUCACAAACAGACUGUAAGCUAAUGACUGAUGCAAACCAGGACCAAAGCUCCCAGUGUGAGAUCUCACCAUGGACUGACCAACUGGAAGACGCCUACAGUGAUAACUUAGAUCAAGCUGAUAAGAUUGACAAGAGUCUAAAUGCUGGACCAGAAAGAGACCAGGAGGAGGAAGAGGAUGAAGAUGAGGAAGAAGAGGAGCUUAAAGCCCCCGAACAAGAAAUAGAGAUGGACAUGGAAGCCAUCACCGAGGAUGAGAAACAAGCCAUCCCCGAGUUCUUUGAGGGACGACCAUCUAAAACUCCUGAAAGAUACCUGAAGAUUAGAAACUACAUCGUGGAUCAGUGGCUAAAGAGCAAACCUAAAUAUCUGAACAAGACAUCAGUCCGCCCGGGUCUGAAGAACUGUGGAGAUGUUAACUGCAUUGGAAGAAUACACACCUACUUGGAACUCAUUGGAGCCAUCAACUUCAACUGUGAGCAAGCUGUGUAUAAUCGCCCAAAGGUGGUGGAUCGCUCCAAGCAUAAGGUGGGCAAAGAUGUCCUUGAAGCCUAUCAGCUGGUGCAGAGACUGCAGAGUAUGCGGACCAGGAAGCGACGUGUGCGGGACAUAUGGGGGAACUGGUGUGAUGCUAAAGACUUGGAAGGACAGACAUACGAGCAUCUCAGUGCCGAAGAGCUGGCUCUGCGGAGAGAAGAGAUGAAGAAGCAGCCGAAGCCCUGCAAGAUGUCCAGAUACCGAGGGUCUUUUGAUCCCUUCCAGCUGAUUCCCUGCAGAUCUUUUGAAGAGGAUGUGCAGGAACCAUUCCAGGUCAUUGUGUGUGCUGAGACUCUUCUCAUCAUGGACAUGCAUGCCCAUGUGUCUCGAGGGGAAGUCAUUGGUCUGCUAGGUGGAACUUUCAAUGUGGAAGCCAAAGUUUUGAAGAUCUGUGCGGCAGAGCCAUGUAACAGUGUGAGCACAGGUCUGCAGUGUGAGAUGGACCCGGUGUCUCAGACUCAGGCCUGUGAUGUGCUAUCGUCUCUGGGUUUCAGCGUGGUUGGCUGGUACCACUCACAUCCCUCCUUCCACCCGAACCCUUCAGUCCGGGACAUAAACACACAGGACCAGUUCCAGAGUUAUUUCUCACGGGGUGGAGCCCCCUUUAUCGGGAUGAUCGUGAGCCCAUAUGACCCAGCAAACCCCUCCCCUCAUUCCCAAACUACCUGCUUGUUGGUAAAAGAGAGUCAAGAGCCUUCAGGCCUUCAGAAGCUGCCCUACAGAUUCGACUUCCUGUCAUCACAAGACAUCCCAGACUGGGAACAGACGAUGAGGAGGGCUCAGUGGAUCAUCCACAAAUACUCUCAAACACCCGGGAGUGUGCAGAUGAACAGAAUGUUCCGUAGAGAUUCCCAUCUCACCUGUUUGGAGAAGAUGUUGGCGUCUCUGGCGAGGUACUUGGAAUCACUGCCAGAUGAGGAGGGACACCCCUUCCUCACCCAGAUCCAGGCCCUUUUCCAGUCAGACUUUAUUUCAAAGCAACAAUCUUCUGACCAAGAAGAAGGAGAAUCUUUAAGCAUCUCAUCCAAACCAGUGGACUCAGAUGACCUCGCUUUUGAUCAGCUGAUCAGUCAAGAGACACCACAGGAGGGACGAAAGGACUCGGAGACAAACAGCAGCACAGUGUUACACCUAGGCUCCGUGUUGUCAACCGAACAUGAUUAUUUACUAUGAAGAACCAAAUAGCCGACUGUUCUUGUGUUAUACUGCAGUAUUUAACAAGUUGUGAAAAUUUUUACCAAACACAUUAGGUUUUAUAUCUAUAGUAAUAACUUACUUAGUUUCUAUUUUGUUUUAGUCCAUCAAACAAAUACCUCGUUAUUCACUCAAUAGUUUGUGUUCGAGAGAGAGAGAGAAUGUAUGUGUGUUCUGGUGAGAAUUCUCAGUCAAUCUGGUUUCUUUUAAACAUGGAAUAAAAAUCUAUUUUCAUA